CCUCGGGCCUCAGGAUGCAAAGGUGGGGGCUGUGGGCCACGGCGGCCUCCCUGACCCUCCUCUCUGCACAGGCCUUUCCACAGACGGACAUCAAUAUCAGCCCAGCCAUGCCGGAGCUGCCCCGGGCUUCCCUGUGCCCACUGUUCUGGAUGGAGUUCAAAGGCCACUGUUACCGAUUUUUCCCUCUCAAUAAGACUUGGGCCGAGGCUGACUUCUACUGCUCUGAGUUCUCUAUUGGCAGAAAGUCCGCCAAACUGGCCUCCAUACACAGCUGGGAAGAGAAUGUCUUCGUGUAUGACCUUGUCAACAGCUGUGUGCCUGGGAUCCCAGCUGACAUUUGGACAGGGCUUCAUGAUCACAGACAGGAAGGACAGUUCGAAUGGACCGACGGCUCCUCCUAUGACUACAGCUACUGGGACGGGAGCCAGCCGGAUGACGGCGUCCACGCGGACCCAGAAGAGGAGGACUGCGUGCAGAUAUGGUACCGGCCCACCAGCGCUCUGAGGUCAUGGAAUGAUAACACCUGCAACCACAAGUUCCCUUUUGUCUGCAAGAUCGCGUCUCUGACCAUUCACUGAUCUGGUCUUGUCCCCUCACAGCAAGCCCGACUCCAGCACCGUUUUGUAGCCAUACCUAGUGUAGAUCGGACACUCAAUAAAUGUGAAACACGGGAAAGAUAAAGCUCCCAGAAAGAGAGUUUAAACAAGCAAGUCUUAAUGCUACAGAGUGGUUACUCGGUCAUAAGUGACAGGAAACACAACUUAAACUGGCUUAAUAAAUAAAAAGGGGAGGUGGAUUUAUUGCUCCAAGUAACAAAAGUCCAAGGUUGUUCUAGACUCAGAGUUGAAUUUCGUUGGCCUGGCUCAGUCCCAUUCCACUUUGGCUAUGUUGGUUGGCUAGACCCUGUUUAGAUGCACAUCUCUGGGGCGGAAGGGUAUUGAGUCAAUAUCAUCUGAACCACCUGGGCCCAAAGAGGUGGGCAAUUCCCCAAAUUAAAACAAAAUUAUCAAUAGAUUUAUGCAUGGCUGGUGGGAAUAUAAGAUGGUGAAGCCAUUCUGAAAAACAAUAUGGUGCUUCCUCAAAAAGUUAAACAUAGAAAUACCAUAUGACCCAGCAAUUCCAAUUCUGGGUAUGUACCCAAUAGUAUUGAAGACAGGUAUUCAAACGUGAGGGGUCAUCGCAGCAUUAUUCAUAAUGACCCCCAAAGUGGAAACAUCUUUGGGGGUACCACCCAGAUGACCUCAUCCCAUGGUUGAGGGUCCCAGCCAGAGCCCUGACCGUAGUAUACUGCAUGCCUUCCUUGGGAACCUUCACUGCCUUUGAAGUUUGGUCACUCUGAGUCCUGGCCUUGGUCUGCCCUCCCGCCAACUUCUUUGUCUGCAACCAAAGAGGCUCUCCAGCUUUCGCUCCUGGAGCAAGGGCCCGUUACUCGUCCUUGGCUGAUAAGUAUCCUUCUGUAGAGCAUCAAAGCCUUGUAGCAAUAGCCAACCAACCUAGUUAGGCUGACGUGUACUGUUUUCUCUGUUCAUCAAUUACCCGAUGCAUGGCUUCUGCUGGUGCAUUCCCUCCCCCCGGAACGCCCUCCCAGCUCCCUGCAUGAAAGUCUGAACCACGUGGUCCUGGGAACUGUAUGUGCUCUACCCACCAUGACUGAUGGCCAGCCUAGAGGGAGGCCAUCCAGAUGCUCGCCCCUGCCUUGUUGCCUGCUCCCUCAGACUGCUCCCAGUAUCCGUGGUUCUAGACUGGGUUUUCCGGUAGCAGUUGCUGAGACAGCGUUUGGCGUAGAGAUUGCUUAGGGAUCAAUACCUGCGAAGGGAAAGCGGAGGAAGAAGUGGAACUGAGACGUGACCUGGAAAAUUAUCAGCCAACCUGGCAGGGAGAUCCAGGAGAAAGAAAUAUUGCUAUCAGAGUGGACUACAUGGGGCUGAAAGGGCCAGGCCUUGAAAGACCCAAACUUUACACUGUCGGCGAUUCAGGCUUCCCCAGAAAGGAUGUGACUUCUCCGGAGCUGAUGCUGACCCUGAAGUUGCUGACAGCUGAAAGCUGUCUGCCCUCUUCGGGAUCUGAGUGGUGCAUCUCCGUGUUAGCACAACUGGAAUCAAAAAGACAUAGGUUGGGGGUGCCUGGGUGGCUCAGUCAGUUAAGCAGCCAAUUCUUGAUUUCAGUUCAGGUCAUGAUCUCAGGGCCGUGGGAUCGAGCCCUGAGUCAGGCUCUGCGCUGAGCAUGGAGCCUGCUUAAGAUUCUCUCUCUCAUCUCCCUCUGCCCCUUCCCGCGCCCUCCACCCCAAUAAUAAAUCUUUAAAAAAGACAUAGGUUCAAAUGCCACCAUUUCCGCUCACCAUGUAACCUCAUGAAAGUGGCUUAACCUCUCUGAGUUUCAGUUUUGUCCUUUGUAAAGUGGAGAUGCAUUCCCCGUCAGCUCUGACUGUGAUUUAUCUGGGGAAUGAGGAGCUUUAUAGGGACUUUUCCCGAAAACUAAAACUCAUUCCCUGAGCAUCUCAACUAUCUUUUUUUUUUUUUCUACAUUGGAUCGCAAUCUUUUUACACCACGUACACAUUUCCCUGCUUCCCUAAACAGAUGAUAUUCAGCAAGAUUAGUCUUUUCUCGAUGAUUCAGGGUCAUGUGCGCUCCGUCUACUUCAGGUAUUUUUGUCGCCUGUCAUCAUAUCUGGGUGUCACUGUGCCAGUCUCUGGCAGCCCACAGAAUCUCCCAUCUUUUCUAGACUGUUGCUGCUGAGAUGCUGUGGGCAGGGAAGCCAGGCAACCAAGCCUGAGAA